ACGUCACUCGGUCUUUCCUCUAGUUCCUCCAGUGGUCGGGGAGCAGACCGGCUAACCGAGAAGCUAACCAGUCAUAUUUCGUUAUAUUCCGGUGGUUAUUGUUAUUAAUAUCACGGUCAGUUCCGGUGUCUGAUUCUACGGGAUAUUGUUCAUCGCAAACUUUCCCUCCGUCACCGUUUUUCUCUCCGCUGCCGGAGACAACACUGAGCCAUGUACAAUGGGAUCGGCCUGACGACUCCGCGGGGUAGUGGCACCAAUGGCUACGUGCAGCGCAACCUGUCGAGCCUGCGGGUCAAGCGGCCGCGGGACGAGCGCGGUGGCGAGCGGGACGAAAAGGACCGCGAGCGGCUGGAGAGUCAGCUCAACCGGCAGCCCAAUGCCGACAUCCUGGAGCACCAGCGCAAGAGGCAGCUGGAGGUCAAGUGUGCCGAGCUGCAGGACAUGAUGGAGGAGCAAGGGUAUUCUGCCGAGGAGAUCGAGGAGAAGGUGAACAGUUUCCGCAUGAUGCUGCAGGAGAAAGAGGAGCCGGCUCCCGCCACCGCCGAGAGACCGACGGCGACGGAGACUCACGCCCUCGCCGCAGCCAACCAGCAGAAGAACGACCGUCUCCGCGCAGCAUUCGGCAUCUCUAGCGACUACGUGGACGGAUCGUCGUUCCACGCCGAUCGCAAGGAGCGAGAGAAAGAGAAGAGGGACCAGGAGCGUCUGGAGAGGGAGAAGCUGCAGCAGCAGAAAUAUACGUUAGUGGAAGAUUCAGACAAUUCGGAUUCUCCUCCCAAGAAGCGCGGCCGCAAGAAGAAGAAGAAAAACAAGAACAGAGACAGCAGCUCAGAGAGUCCAUCCCCGUCUCCCCCUCGCAGAGAGAAGAAGAAAUCCAGGAAGAAGAAAAAGAAACGUGAGGCCUCAGAAGAGACCGAAGAAGAAGCCAGCUCCUCGGAUGAGAAACAGAAGGUGUCGAAGAAGAAAAGGAGAAAGAGCGAAAGUUCCAGUCCGCCAAAGAAAACGAAGGCCGUGCGACGCAGGAGUGAUGCCUCCUCCGGGUCUUCUCACAGUCAGUCUCCAGCUCCGGUGAAAUCACAUCCACAGGAACAAACGGCAAAGAAAUCUGCCGAUGACGGACGACGGGAGGAUCGAUCGGCCGACAGGAGGAGAGGGCGGGGCUACGAGGAGCACAUGCCACAUCGUCAGGGAAGUGAAGUGAAGAGGCCCAACACCGAGAGAGAGCAACAGAUUGAGACGGAGACGACGUCUGCCAAGAGGAGGCACGACUCUUCACCGCCACUGCCGCAGACUGAUAAAAGCUGGGAGAGGGAGAAAGGGAGGAGAUCCAGAAGUAGACAGAGGGAGGGCGAGAAAGGGAGGAACUCCAGAAGUGGAGAGGCGCAGAAGAGGAGGCGUUCGAGGAGCGUAGAGAACGAGAGGGACAAAGCGAGGCGUUCGAGGAGCAAAGGAAAGGAGAGGGAGAGAGGAAGAAGGUCCAGGAGCAGAGAGGCGGAGAAAGGGAGGAGGUCCAGGAGCAGAGACAAGGGGGACAAAGGAAAGGAGAGUAUCCCACAGAAGACCAGACAUGAUUCGUCCUCCUCAGCCUCGUCGUCCUCCUCUUCAUCCCCUUCUCCUCCACCUCAGCAGGAGACCAGGAGGGAAAAGAGCAGGGACAUUGAGCGGGAGAAACUCAGGAGCAAACUGGACAAAAAGACCAGACACGACUCCUCCUCCUCCUCUUCACCUCCUCCUCCUCCUCCUCCUCCUGAGAAGGAGCGAGCGAGGAGGGAGAGGAGUGGAGAAAGGGAGCGCAGGACUGAGAGAGAUCCACACGCCAGAGAAAACAGGAAAGAUGUCGGGAAGAGACAAGAGAGGGAGGCUUCUCCUCCUCGCCAGCAGAAGAGUGACAGGAGGAAAGAUGGACGCCCGUCACCCGUCACCAACGGGGCUCAGAAAGAGAGGGACAGCGAGAGGAGAAGAGAAAAAGAGGACAAGGAGAGCGGGAAGGAGAGGGAGCGGCAUCCGGCCAGGCAGACGGAGGAAGAGGGAGCGCGAGGUCAAGAGGUCGACAGGAAGAGAGACGAGUUCGCCCGGCCGUCUGCUGAAAGUGAACGAGACGGUUUGAGACCUUCGGACAAAGACGUCAAAGAGAAGAGUCCUGCGAGGAAGGAGAAACGUGAAGACAAAACGAAACAGGCGGAGAAAAGAAAAGAGAGCAGCAGCAGCAGCAGCAGCAGCAGUAGUGGCAGCAGCAGCAGCAGCAGCAGCGACAGUGACAGCGACAGCUCCUCGUCCUCCUCUUCGUCUUCAUCGUCCUCCUCAUCGUCAUCCGAGGAUGAAGGCGCGGCAAAGAAGAAGGCUGGUUCAGCGGCGAGGGAGAAGACGAGCCCCGUGGACAAUGCACCGCCUGCCAUCGGGGCGGCGGUUCAGAGGUACAUAGCCAACGGUCGAAAGGAAGGUCCUGCUUCUGACGGCGCCGCGCAGGAGAAAAAACGCGAGAGGGAACGACCUCUGUCAGCGAACCACCCGUCCAGAACAAAGGGCCAGGAGCGAUACAGUCCCACGCAGAUGGACAGCCCCAGUCCGCCCCCGUCCCCGCCCCACAGGCUGGACAGCGGCGGCAGUAGAGGCAGCAGCCGGCCGGAGGCAGAGAAAACGAGAUCAGAGGGGAAAGCUGGGGAAAGGGAUCGAGGGAGGGACAGAGACGCAGCCAGGAGGCCGGCGAGACCGAGCCCCUCCACCAGGAGGUCACGCUCUCCUCCUCCCCAGAAAACCACCACCACCACCUCCUCCUCAUCCCCGGCCCGUCGCACUCCACCCAGGCAGUAUCAGGACGCCCCGUCCCGAUCCAGGAGAGCGUCUCCUCCCCCUCCUCCGGCCUGGUCGAACCGGGACAGAGAGAGGCAGAGGGACCGAGAGCGAGAGCGGGGAGCCAGGAGGAGCCGGUCCAGAAGUCCGAGGAGGCAGAGUCCCAGGAGGCAGAGUCCCAGGAGGCAGAGUCCCAGGAGGCAGAGUCCCAGGAGGCAGAGUCCCAGGAGGCAGAGUCCGAGGAGGCAGAGUCCCAGGAGGCAGAGUCCCAGGAGGCAGAGUCCCAGAAGGCAGAGUCCCAGGAGGCAGAGUCCCAGGAGGCAGAGUCCCAGGAGACAGAGCCCGAGGAGACAGAGCUCCCCCAGCAGGUCCCGUCGCUCUCCGUCUCCAUCGCGGCGAAGAAGGAGCAGUCGCUCGCUGUCCCGGGAGAGAGGCCGGGAGCGGGAGAGGGAGCAGGAGAGGAGCCGACAGAGGGAGGCAGAACAAGCGAGAGAACGGGAAAAGCAGCAGCAGCAGCAGCAGCAACAUCCAAAGGUCGUCCCCCCGGGCGGCAGGUCGUCGUCCUCCUCCUCCUCAUCUUCCACCAGCUCCUCCUCUUCCUCCUCAGCCUCACCGUCGCCGUCCCGCGAAAGGAAAGAGACCAAGACUCUCGGGGAGAAAGACAAGAGACAGGAUCAAGAGGGCGACAGGAAAGAGGAGAGAGAGCAGAAAGUUCCCUCCAGAGACUCCGCCCAGGCACCGCCCUCGGACAGACGAGGCCCCGCGUCUGACUCCAGGCGCCCCGAUGCGACCUCCAGCAGAAGGUCGCCUGCAAGCAGCCAACCAGAUGCCAGACAGUCGACACAAGGGCCGAACAGGAAACAGUCGCCGCCGCCCACCGCCCUGCAACCGCCAGAGCAGCGGGUCAGAAACGAGAGCGCGGUGAACGGCAAGGAGGCCAGUAAGAAAGCCGACAAGAGCAGCAGCUCCUGCUCCUCUUCCUCAUCCUCGUCCUCCUCUUCCUCCUCGUCUUCAUCGUCCUCCUCAGACAGUUCUGACUCAGAGACGGAGCAAGGAAAGGGGAAGACGCGCAAAGCUCAAAGCAGCGCUUCGUCCUCCUCCUCUUCCUCGUCCGACAAUGAACAGGAAACAAAGAACAAGAGCCCUGCCAGGCCUCAGAGGGUGCCGGCCGAUUCGCUGAGAGAUUCCCGCUCCCUCAGUUACUCUCCUCCGAGGUUCAUCCGAGCGGAGCCGUCGUCGUCGUCGUCGCCCGGACGCAGGUCUGUAACCGACACGACGUGACCACAACUUUAACCAGAACCCUAACGUAAGUGGCAGCGGGCAUCCGCCGAGCCGCGGAUCCACCAGCAGACAAAGGAAAUGAGCCGACGACUCAUCCGACGUGUCACCACCACGCGUUCACCUCCGCCUGCUCUGAACGGGGCCACAUGGACGCUGGCGCCAGCGGAGCGUCAAAGGAGGACAACACCGUGAUCACCAGUGUGUGUGGUUCUUUUUCUUUUUAAGCAGCGACGACCCGAUGGCUGACUUGUACAUUUAUUCUGAUGAGCUGAAUAAGAGACGUACACAUCCACAAACGUGACAAUAGCUAAUAGGUAACAGCGAGUCUAACAAUGUUCCUCUGUACGUGUAAUGUUGAUUGUGUUCUACCUGUAGAUAUGAGCUGUCUGUAUUUUUGGUUAUUAUCCUGUAACCGAUAUGCGAUUUCCAUUCAGUGAGCAGGAACUGAAAUGUGGUUAAAUUUCUUUGUUGAAAAAUGGUUAAUAAUAACAAUAAAAAGGCAAAUUGUACAUUU